AUCAGACCCGAAAUUUAAACUGCGAAGUUCUAAAUCAAAACCCUAACUCCUCAAAAUCUCCUCGCAUUUCCAAAACUCUGAAGAAAUACAGUAAUGGCUUCUCAUCGAUCCUUGAUCAAUAUCUACAAAAAUGGUCUUAAUUUUUCUCAAGUCCGUUCGAUCUUCACGACAUCUCAUCUUGAGAUGUCUUUUGCUGAUAAAAUCAGGAGAGCAAUGGCAAAAGAUCCUAUCAAUACACAAGCAAAUCCACAUUCUUUUACCCUACUCAGAUUUGCUGAUGAGAUAAUGAGUGCCAGAAAAGCAUUACAAUGUAAGCAAUUCGAAGUCGGGAGAAUUAGCGAUGAGACACUUGCAGAUUCAUUAAAACAAGAAUCAUUAAUUCGAGUUCUGGGAUGUUUUGAUAAUACUGGAGAGAAUCUAAAAGCAAGUCAGAAAAAGGAGGCUGCAAAAGAGUGUAAUUGCACAUUAGGAGAAGUAGAGAAUGUGUUAGGGAGAUUCAGGUGGAUUAAGGAAGCACGAAAGAAGAUGGAUAAGUUGAAGGCAGAAGGGAAACCAAUGCCACAGAACAUGAUCGAGAUUCAAAAGUUGAUGGGCUCAACUGCGACGGAUUUUGCUAGGUCUAAUUAGGAAAAGAGGUGGUUCUUAAAGAAGAUAAGAGAAGGUGUUGCGCAAAGGAUUAAAAAGAAAAACAGUCUGCAGGACUAAAGGUUUUUCGAGAUAAAGUUUUAGCAGUGAUGGAGAUAAGACAUCAAGUUGAACGCCAAGAAAUCUCUUGGUGUGUAUUCAGUCUGUAAUUGAGUCUAUUUUGACACUUCAAUGUCCAUCAGGUUUGAAGAAUACUUGGGGAUAAAUAAACUUGUUGCCUGGCAUAUUAUAGUGGAGUUACAUGCUCUGUGAGGCAAAAACAUAAGGUUGCAGCAACUGUUAUUGCCAUUUUUAUGAAUCUAACGAGUGCAGUUUCUGAAUUAUUAUUACAA